UUAACACUUGCAGCAGGCAAACCAACUGUGACCGACAGUCUGCUCUCCCCUCCUACUGUUGAACAAAGCGGUGUCCCAUUCCAACACGAGCACUGCCUCCUCCGUGCCUCCUUGUCUGCUUCCUUCCUUGUUCCCUUCAGUGUUAUCUAGCUUUUCCAAAGCGUCUCCUGGAAGCUGUCAGCAGCUGUGUUCAUCCUGCCCGGAGCGAUGGGAGGUACAGCCGCCGCGCAUCUUAUUUCCCUGUCGUGAGCACAUCAACGUUAAUUUCCGACCACAGCAUCUGAUCAGCAUAUUCAUCAUGUUUUCUCCCGUGACAGAGGCCGAGACGCGACAGAAACUGCUGCGCAAUGUGAAAAAGGAGGUGAAACAAAUUAUGGAGGAGGCAGUAACGAGGAAAUUUGUGCACGCAGACAGCAGCCACAUUAUAUCCUUCUGUGCUGUCGUGGAGGCCUGUGUGCUUCAUGGCCUGAAACGGCGUAUUGCAGGCCUGCUGUGCAGUAAUAAGGUUGCUGCACUCUUUAUGAAGGUGGCAAAAAGCUUUACGCCUGCUGAGGAGCUCUGCCACAAGGUCCAGGAGCUGGAACAGCUGAUCGAAAACAGCAAGCAGAACAAUUCCUCGCUGGGUAACGACCGCAGUCGGCAAUCCAAGUUGGCCAACGUUCCUCCACAAGCACUGAAACACUUGUGGAUCCGAACUGCUCUGAUGGAGAAGGUCCUCGACAAGAUUGUCCUGUACUUGGUAGAAAACAGCAGUGCGUUCUAUGAGAAAGAAGCCAUGCUGAUGGAUCCCGUGGAUGGACCUAUUCUUGCAUCUCUAUUGGUUGGCCCUUGUGCUUUGGAGUAUACCAAAGUUAAGACUGCAGACCAUUUCUGGACAGAUCCAUCUGCUGAUGAGCUCGUGCAGCGGCAUCGUAUCCACAGUGGUCACUGUCGGCAGGAUUCUCCCUCUAGAAGACCUGCUCUGAUCCAGAAGAGACAGUCCAGUGGCAGCAUGGAUGAUCGUCCUCUCAUGUGGGUGAGAGAAUAUGUUGAAUCACUUCACCAAAACUCCAGAGCCACUCUGCUGUUUGGAAAGAACAAUGUCCUGGUGCAGCCGAGAGACGACAUGGAGGCCAUUCCAGGCUACCUUUCUCUACAUCAGACUGCAGAUCUCAUGACUCUGAAAUGGACACCCAAUCAGCUGAUGAACGGCAACGUCGGGGAGCUAGAUUCUGAAAAAAGCGUUUACUGGGAUUACGCUAUGACAAUUCGCUUGGAGGAGAUUGUGUAUCUUCACUGUCAUCAGCAAGUGAACAGCGGCGGGACAGUAGUUUUGGUGAGCCAGGAUGGGAUCCAGAGACCUCCUCUACAUUUCCCCAAAGGAGGUCACCUGCUGCAGUUUCUCACCUGCCUGGAAACCGGCCUGCUACCUCACGGACAGCUGGACCCUCCACUGUGGAAUCAGAGAGGAAAGGGAAAGGUGUUCCCCAAACUGCGAAAGCGGAGUCCACACGGCUCGUGCGAUUCUGUGUCAGAUAAGGAGGAUGAUGAAGCCACCGAUUAUGUGUUUCGGAUCCUCUUUCCUGGCAAUCAGAUGGAGUUCAUGGCCCUGGAGCUGAUGGAUCAGGGUGUCAAUAUGUGGCAGCCGACCCCCAGAAAGUCCUCCUGCUCCUCCUGCUCACAGAACGGCUCCUCUGAUGGCUCGCUGCCCAAUGGCUGCAAUCAGGAAAGGGCUCCCUUAAAGCUGCUUUGUGACACCAUGAAAUACCAGAUCAUCUCCCGUGCUUUCUAUGGAUGGCUGGCGUACUGCCGUCAUCUGUCCACAGUCCGCACACACCUUUCUGCGCUGGUCAACACCACUAUAGUUGACCCUGAUGCGCCUGGUGAUGCUCGAGGAGGCCUCUCUGUCGAGGUCUGGGGCAGUUUCCUCAAGGACAGCUCUGCCUAUGAGGAGAAGGAGAUACACAGGCUGGUGUAUUUUGGUGGCGUUGCCCCGUCGCUACGUAAAGAAGUCUGGCCCUUCCUGUUGGGACACUAUCAGUUCACCAUGACUGAGAAAUGCCGGCUGGAGAUCGAUGAGCACAUGCGGCUUGUGUACGAGCAGACUAUGAAGGAGUGGCAGGGCUGCGAGGCCAUUGUCCAACAGAGGGAGAGACAGAAACAUGCUGAGGCCCUCGCCAGAUGUUCAUCCGGAGCCAGUGUGGAAAGAGGACCGGUGCAGCGGGACUCCACCAUCAGCACAGAUUCGUCUCUAAGUAGCAGCUCAGAUCAACAGACUGCAACCUCACAGAGUGAUUCCAGCUGCAGUGAAAAGGUGUUUGAGUCGGUUGAAGCAUCAGAUCAGGCUGAGAUGGAGUCCAGAGCUGAGGAAGGGGAGACACAGCGCAGUAGUCCAGCGAAACCCAUCCCAAAUGAGACCACAGAGAGUCAGCAGCUUCCCACCUGCAAACCCUCCUCCCCAGAUCCGUCAAAUCCACGUCCAGACAACAGCCCACCUGCGACUGAAUCAGCUGUUGGAUCUACAGCUACUCCACAAACAGCAGAAACAUCAGAAGUCUGCAGAGAGGAAACUACAGCUGGAUCACAGCCAGUAGAGAAUCAGCUCACAGCAGGUGAAUCAGGAGGAGAGGACGUAAAGAAACCGGCUGCCGAGGACAAGACUGAACUGCCAAAGAUGGAGACCGUUUCAGAAAGUGAGGUAACAGAGGAGCCUGGAAUCAGUAAGUCAAACGAGAAAUCUGAAGCCGAAGUAGAAGAAAAAGAUACGUUAACACCUGAUGUUUUAAAAGAAGUGGACACAAAUAUGAAUUUGAAAUCUGCUCCUGAGAACACUAAUGUUCUAAAGCUAGAAACAGAGAUUCAUAAUGAAUAUUUCCAAGCACCUCCACUGGGGCAGACUCUUCAGGCGCACAAGAGCAAAGAUCAGGAAGAGGAGCCAUCUUGUCCACCUGCAGCAGAAAAAGAUAGUAAUUCUCCAAGUGAGCUUUCUGAACCUCCUGAAACAAUAGUUGAAAAAAUCUCACCACAGACGAUGAAGAUCUGCAGCACGGAGCCAGAAGCAAAGGAUGUCGAAGCAACAGUUUGUGACUUUGCUGAAACCAGAAAAAUUGCAGAGAUUCCAUUUGAGAAACCGGGUUCCAAUUCUCCAGUCAGACAAGUACUGAACGCUCUUCAGUCAGCAUCAAGAGGGAGCCUUUCAUUAUCGUCCCACUCUCGGCAGUCUCCGGACACAGCCGAUUCAGAUGACUCUCCUUCUGCCUUGGAAAUGGAGGACAUUCCUGCAGGGAUAACGUGUGUGACCUCCGAGGAUAUUAAGGCCAGGCCUCUGGUAGGCCUCGCUGCACCUCCUGUCUGCCUGGCUCAGAGAGAAAAGAUGGCUUCUGAGGAGCUCAUCCUAGAUCACCAUCUGGACACGGCUUGUAACACCAGUCCUGAGGGCACCGAUCUGGGGCUUUCUGAGGAGGAGCCUGAGAUGGAGAACGCGCUCACUGAGCCGGAGUCUGCAGAAGCCGGCAGAGACACCAAAUACGAUGAAUCCUCAGGGGAGCAAACCUAUUCUCAAGAAACCCUGGACAUGUACUUGAUCAACUUGCAUCGCAUUGACAAAGAUGUGAGACGCUGCGAUCGGACGUAUUGGUACUUCACUCCUGAGAAUCUGGAGAAGCUACGGAACAUCAUGUGCAGUUACGUGUGGCAGCAUCUGGACACAGGUUACGUCCAGGGCAUGUGUGAUCUGCUGGCUCCCCUGCUGGUUAUUCUGGAUGAUGAGGUGAUGGCAUUUAGCUGCUUCACUGAACUGAUGAAGAGGAUGAACCAGAAUUUUCCUCACGGGGGUGCCAUGGACUCUCACUUUGCAAAUAUGCGUUCUCUUAUCCAGAUCCUGGACUCUGAGCUGUUUGAACUGAUGCAACAGAAUGGAGACUACACCCACUUCUACUUCUGCUAUCGCUGGUUUCUUCUCGACUUCAAAAGAGAAAUGGUGUACGAUGAUGUGUUCUCUGUGUGGGAAACCAUCUGGGCAGCCAAGCACACCUCCUCUGAGCACUUUGUGCUCUUUACCGCCCUGGCACUCGUGGAGAUGUAUAGAGACAUCAUCUUGGAGAAUAACAUGGACUUCACAGACAUCAUCAAGUUCUUCAAUGAAAUGGCGGAGCGGCAUAAUGUCCCGCAGGUCUUGAUGAUGGCCCGAGACCUGGUCCACAAAGUGCAGACGCUCAUAGAAAACAAGUGAUGCAGAAUGAUGCCGCGGCUGAACUCCCGUGAUUCUUUGUACUAAAUUUCUUUCAAGGUACUGAUACGAUUACACAAUAGUCACAUAUUCAAGAGGGAAAGGAGUUGCUGUUGCAGCGAUUGGCACGUGCUGAACAGAAAACCGGUCAUUAAAGCUGCUCAUUAUACUAAGACAGUUGUGUAACAACUUUUCUCCAGUUGCUCCUCUCUAUAUUCAGGAGAUGAAAUUAUUGCCAGUAAAUUUCUGUAUUUUUCAAGUGUUAUUGUUCACCUAGUGAAUGUACCCUCGUUGAAACUGCUUGAGGAUGUUAUUUAUUUUGCCUUAAUUUUAGCUAUUUUUUCAGGGAUACCGCAACCAAAUUGAUAUUCUACAGUUCUGUUAGGUUCUACAUCUUGUGAUACACUGGAAUAUAUUUUCACAUUUAUUAUUUAGCUGAAAUUGUAGCUGCCAUGGUUCAACAUUUUGUGAUACACUUGAGCAUAUUUUCAGUAACAGUAUCUCAUUAGAUGGUUUGGUUUUGUAAACAUUGGAGGUACUACCGACCUGUUAGUGGUUGGUUGGUGCUCGGUUGUGUCUAAGUAGUGUGUGUGUGGUGACUGGCUUGCCUCUCAGUAGCCAUUUUGAGGACCACUUGCUGGCCUUUUCUAACAUUUGAUGGCUCUCUUUAUGUGUUUGACGUACACAAGCUUGCAGGAUAUGCAGACCUGUGCAGCCCAGCAUGAUUGCACCUUAGUUUGCAUAUACAGUAUCACCAUUUCCUCUCAUCUCCCUCUAUCUCUGACCUCCUCUAUGCAUUGAUUGCACCAGCUUAGUUUCAUCCUCUGACUCCAGUGCUAGCUUUUGUUUCGGUGCAGCUAAUGCUUCUUUGAAAUCAGCUUGUUUGGAUGGUUGAUGCAGACAUUCGGUCUGCCCUUAAACUGCACAAUGCUGCUCAGGCUGAGCGCUUCAGCUGCUGAUUCCCAUAAAAAUCAAACAGUGCUAACAGAUUUUACUUCCAGGCAGCAUCGUGAGGGGUCUUCAGAUGGUAAUUUGCAGCUGGUGUGAAAUGGUUGUGCAGCGAUAGCAGCGUGCUUCCUUCACACUCUGCACUUCCCCUUUUCACUUUCACCUCAGUUUAACAGAUUUCUGCUUGUGUCUUUCCCUUGCUGAUCCUGGCUGCCUUGUCUUUAACGCAUCCCGAGUAACAUUUCCUAGGCAUUUGUCUUCACUAUUACCUCAAGAUCUUUGUGUUUGUACCUGCCUAAAACCAGCUUCGAGUGCUCACCACUACGUCCACAGGUGCACUUUGGAUAUUUCUCAAAUCAUUUCUUUAAUCACAUUUUCUUGUGGAACUCGUUUACAACCUCCACCAUUAUUAUUUAGCCCUCGCGUUGUCUUAACAUGUACACUCUCCUAAGAGUCAAAAAUGACCCGCCUGAACUUAACCUCUACAAUAGAGCAGCUUAAUUGAAUUUUCAACCAAAAAUCUAUUUUACAUGAACCUGUCAUGCAUCACACACUUUGUGAAUGACUGGGUUUUAUGCUCUGAAGAGGGCAGAAAGACUGUAUUUAAUCAGUGGACACCUUUUGUUUUUAUUACAUCACACGUCAAAACUGUUUUCUUUACUCAAGUAGAGGUUUAUUAUCACUAUUAUUGCUGCUAAAGGUACUGCAUAGGUGUAAACAUUAUAUGUUUAGCAAGAGAUAGUACUUGUAUAUCCUAAGAAAGUACCAGAAACAUACAAAGAGUAGCUUGAAAUAAAUUUUUAACCCUUUGGUGCACAGUGUGGGGCAGGACAUACCCAUUUUCCAUUGAUUUGAGUCACUUUUGACCCAUGUUGUGCAUCAGAGGGUUAAGGGAAACAACAGUGCAUCGUAUACUGUACAAUGGAAUGGAAAACUACAAAACUCAACUACAAAAUGCUAGUCUCCUCACAUCGGAAUCAUUGCUCUCACCGACAAGGUGCAUAACCUACAACAAUAAGAAGAAUUUCACUUCAGGAAAUUUAGAAUUUCAAGUUGAAAAAAGGGUCAGUUGGGGGGUUUUCUGUGCUAUUUAACAUAGUGGCUGGGUACUUUUUGACCUGAAGACAACACGAGGGUUAAAAGAACAGCCAACAUGUGUUCAGUUUUAUCUGGUGCUCUCUUGGAGGCCUCACUUACUGCAGUGAGCACAUAAACUCCCUAUUCAGCCUUUUGUUGUAGUGUAUUGCCAUGCUGCAGUACUAGACUGCCACAGCUUCAGCUACUAUGAAAAAAUGAGAUCUUUCUGAGAAUGUUUCCACAGUCUAGUGCAAACCAGAUGAUCAACUUAAUGCAUUUACAGGGAUAGUUCAGUGGUAAUGAAGUCGGUGGUGUGUAGGGAUUUAGAUAAUGUUGGUUUUGAGAUAUACAUCAACAAACUUUCUGCUGCUAAUCCAAUCCAUUAAAGGAGGUUCAGCCUUAAGCGAUAAAGCAUGACUUAGACUUAAUGGCCAUGCAUCUUUCCAGGAGAAAAAUGCCCUGGAGACUGUUUGGUAGAUAAUAAUUAGGUACUAUGAAAAUCUCAGCAGUAAACACAAAACAUUCUACAUUGCCAGAUGCCAAUCAAAUUGAAGUCAGAAAAUAUGUUUUAUCGAUGCCACUUACAGCUCCAAAAUAGCCAAAACGCGCCCUUGUUUGGUUCACUAUGGCUUAAAUUCCAGUGUUUUGCUCUCACUGCUAAUGUGUCUCCAUAUGAUCUUCUAAAACAUGCCUGAGUAUUGCUGUUUGUGUAUUGCUGUUUGUUGUCAGAAGAUUUACAGUAAAUGAUGUGUUUAAAAAGAAACUGAUUUAUUGUACAAAAAAAUAAUCAAAGCUAGUACAUAUUUAUUAAAUGCAAUACAAUGUCUGUAUAUGGGCUUAGUCUGACUAUAAUGAAAAGAAAGAUACAAGUAUGCCACUGGAAAUAAAUAUAUUUUUAUUUUUUUUCUGUGUCUUCUCAAAUGGUCACUGAGUAUAAUUAAUUUAUUGUGUAUUAAAAAUCUUAUAUUUUGCA